UUGAUGUCUGUCAAAUGUAUUUAUUUACUUGUAUGUGCCACUUUAACAUGUGAACGAUAAUAUCGUUACGAUAUGGCUCAUGAAAAUGUGUUAAGAGAAUGGGCCCCACUGACUGACUUAUUUCAGAAACUGCCGAUAAAAUCAAAAAUAGGAUUGUUUAGCCAAGAAAUCAAAAUAACAUGUCUUGAUGUUUUGCCAGAGUUUUUAGCUUUGGGCACCAAUUUAGGUAUUGUUUAUUGGUAUGAUAGGAAGAGAAAAAAUUUAGAACGAUUGCGUUGCGAGAAUGCAAAUACUGCAAUAACAGUGGUAAAAAUUAUAUCAACAGUUGAUUACAUGGUAGCUUGUGGGAAUAAAGCUGGAAAUAUUAGUAUUUUUCAAGUACCCAAAUCGCACCCAACAUCUUUGCCUGAAAACUUGAAGCCAAAAAAUAAGCAAGUUGAAAGAUACACUGUUUCUGAUCUGCACAGGUCUUCAAUUACAGUCAUGGAAUGGUCAAAAAAUGGAAUGAAGCUAUUUUCUGGAGACAAAGUGGGUGGAAUAGUUUUGACUGAACUGGAUUUUUAUAUGCACAUAUGUAAAUCAAUAGAAAUAAUUAAUGAAUCUUAUGAAGUAAUUCAAUUAAGUUAUAACCAACAGAGACUUUUGGUUUCUACUACAUAUAGAAGUAUAAUAUGCCAACAAUAUGAUAAAUGGAAGAUUUGCCAGGUUGGGAAAAAAGACAGAAAAGUUUUAGGAAAUUUUGGUGGAAUUAUCCAUCAGGUUGGUUUGAAAAAAGAUGAUUGUGUUUUAUACUGCACCAGACCUGGAUUAAGGAUAUGGAUAUCAGAUAUAGAUGGCAAUGUUCAGAAAACUUUACUUUUUAAGGAAUUGCUCUCAAAGGAAUGUUUGGAAGUUUCAUUAAUUAACCCAAUAUCAAAAAAUUUGCGAUCUCUUAGACCUCAGAAAGAACCUUGUUUUUCAACUUUACUUCCAUUUAAUGAUGAUUUAGUAAUUACUCAUAAUGGAGAUGUUAUUUAUAUUUUAGACCCUACUGAAAUGAUAAUUUUAUACACAAUUAGUCAUUUACGGGGUGUUUUGGACAUAGCCACCAAUAAAGAUGAAUUUUUUGUUUUGGAAGAAGAUAGAAAUAUAAUAAGAAUCUCAUUUAGGCCGGAAGUGGAUGAUGUUCCUGAAUCUCCUGUGGACAACACGUUUUCUCCAAUCUCAUCAUCAAUAAAAGACUUAACCACGAAACUCCAAGCAAGCAGCAUAAUGUCAAUGAUACCACCCUUGCUGGAACCCUCGACCAGCGUAAACAUUCACACCGACGAAACUCUGAUAAUGAACGCCGAAGAAGCGACAGAAUCUCCGAGAAGGAAUCGCCCACCGGUCACCGAGGAGGUUCAAAAAUCGUUCGACGACAUCGGCAAGAUAGAGUUCAACAACAAGAUACUCUUCAAGAAAACCAAGAAGAAAAAGCAGUCCAUGUCGGCGAGCACCAACAGUUUGAGCUCAAACAGUUCCGAAGAAAAAGAUCUGAGCUUCACCCGGCCAACUAUAAUGAAUCUCAGCACAGUUGGCGUGCUUCCGGACCUGCGCAGUCCUGAAUCCAUUAAAAACGAUAUCGAGUACAAAGAGCGAAUUUUAGCGGAUGUUUUAAAUUUAGAUAAGGUUACGAUUAAUUUGGAUAAGUUAAAUGAAGCCAAUGACAAACCUGAUUAUAUUGCUAAUGCUGUGAUCAAAGUUAAAGAUUAUCGAAUGGAAACGAAUGAUAGAGAAGUUGUGGAUGGAAAAAUGGUGAAUGGUGAAAGAAAGGUCGAAAAGAGUUUUAAUGUUCCAAUCAAACCGCUUUCUUCAAUUGUAAAAACGCAAAAUACACCAGAUUGUAAGCAUAUCCCUAAUGAAUGGAGGCUUUCGGAUAUUCAAGUUAGUGGUAAUAGUGCAUCUGAUACAUCACUUACAGAUUGGGAAAUAUUAUAAAUAGGGUUUUAGCUUUUGAACUAUUAAAUAUAUUCUUUUUAAUUUUAGCACAUACCAUUCCUUAUAGUUUAUUUUAUAAAUUUUUUACAAGUACUUUUUAAAUCCUAAGAAAAUAUAUUUAAAUCAAUAUAUUUGCAUUAGAUCUGUCUGAAUCUUGUAUCUACAGUGUGUCCCCAGAUAGGGGAUAAUCACUUUUUGACGUAUCUGUUAACAAAAAGCUACUAUCGUUAAAAUCAUAGCCAAGAAUUUUUAAAUUUGGUAUAUGGGCCUAGAUGGUGAUUCUAAAGAACUUUUCUUUUUUAACUUUUGGUCAAUUCGGCAACAAGAGCCACUUUACUCUGGAGAAAAACAGUUUUUUUAUACAUUUUCAAGACAUCCUUGAUUUUUUUUUAAC